AUGCCACCGAGCUACGAGGAGCUGCUGCGUCUGGUCGAGGCGGCCGAGGCACGCGCAGAGCAAGUACAGAUACGCGCAGAGCAAGCGCAGGUACGUGCAGAGAAAGAAAAGUUAUGCGCAGACCUGGAGAAGAUACGUGCAGACCAGGAGAAGGCACACGCAGAGAAGGAAAAGGUACACGCAGAGAAAGAAAAGAAACGCGCAGACUUGGAGAGGAUACGUGCAGACCAAGAGAAUGCACGUGCAGAGAAAGAAAAGGCACAGGCUGAACAGGAAAAGGCACGCGCAGACCUACAGGAGCGACGAGAGAAGCCAUCCUGCUUCGUCGACUACGUGCGCAAUACGGAGGAGAUCUUGUUCCGAACCUUUUGCAUCGAACCGGCCGUGACGGCGGUAUCCAAGACGGCAGGGUCGGCCAACACGACGACAAGUGUCAGCGCCAAGUUCUAUCCCAAGCGGCUGCGGCCGUGGGACUUUCACAAUGUCCAGCCGGCCUUGUUCGAGACGCUGGCUACCACGUUUGGCGACGAACCGUUGUUCCCUGCGUUGACCGACGUCGUGGGUGUUGGCCGCGACAUGGGUCCCGGACCUGCCGACGAGCAGGACUUGCGGUCGUUUAUCCGCACUGCCAUCGAAAAGCCAGCCGCGCGUGUUGUGACCGACCUUGGCCUAGGAGAGCCGUCACAGGCAGACGUCCCCGACCGCUGGUGUGUCGGCUACAAUCAUGACGGAAGUCUUGUACAUGUACUCGUCGGCGAGUACAAGGCCGCGCACAAGCUGCCUGCCCAAAAACUCUGCACCGUUCUCUCAAGGCCUCCAAAGGAAGACUUCUUUAUCCAAGCAGUACGGCAGAUGGGAAAGACAUCUAGUACAGAGUCCAGUACUGUAGCUGCUCCUCUACCAGCCAACGUAUCGCGUACUGCACCAACCAUCAACGAAGAGCAAGAGCUGGAAACCGAAGACAUAUUUGUUGCCCGUGUUAUCUGCCAGGCCUACCACUACAUGAUUGCUUCAGGCCUCGAAUUCGGGUACGUGGCGUCGGGCGAUGGUUUCAUCUUCCUCCGUGUCCUCGAAGACGACCCCCAAACCCUUUACUACUUUUGGUCUGUCUUUCCCGUUUCGUCUGUCCCAGAACAGAUAACGCACCAAGGCAACGACGAUGCAGGGAAUCUGGCCGUCAUCUUCCGAAAACCGCACCAGACGGCUUUGGUAUAUCUUGCAAGCCUUUGCAUGCUAGCUGUAAAGUCAGUUAUAAGGCCCAUGUCUUGGAUUGAUGCUCGCGAAAAAGACCUCAAGAGAUGGCCAGCACCGUACGACGAAGUGGUGCCUAUCUCGACAAUGGCUCUCCUACCACCGGCACUAGACCCACCCAACAAGGAUAAGGACUCUGGCGAGGACAACGGUCGUGCUGGCAGCGGUGGCAAAGGUUCUCGCGGCGAAAGCACAAAACGGCCGCGCUCCUCGUAUCUCUCAGAGUCCUCGCACUCCACGCAUACCUCAGACAGCACAAAAACGGCAAGCACACCCUUUACAAUUGAGCUGCCAACGCUGCCCUACUGCACCCAGGCAUGUCUCCACGGCCUUUGUAUCGGCGCACCUCUCGACUCUCGCUGCCCAAACGUGGCGCUACAUCGAGCAGCAAGGCCACAACAGUCACAACAGCUGCAACAAGAAGGCCACCCGCUCACGGCCGCAGAGGUACGUGGACGCAUCGUGGCCCAGCUGGCCCAGAACAUGGACAAGGACUGCGAAUGCCUCGAGAAGUGGGGAUUCUUUGGCGCAUACGGCGUUCUCUUCAAACUCGCCGUCAUCGGCUAUGGCUACACCUUUGUCGCCAAGGGCGUCCAGGCCCCUCACCGCCACGUUCUCGAGGGCGAGGCGGAUGUCUACACGGCCAUGGCUGCCUACCAAGGCCGCCUCCUUCCCGUCUUCCUCGGUCUUGUCGACCUCGAGCGGCCGCUGCCGCUGCACAGUUUGGCCCGCGUGCCACACCUGAUGCUGCUGUCGUAUGCCGGGCCGCCGCUGCCGCACGACAUGGACUGGGAGCCAGAGGCGAAUCGCACGACGGCCGAGCUUAGGGCCGCGGGCCUGUGCAACGAAGAUGUGCGUCCGGCCAACCUCGCGUGGAACAAAGAGGCCGGCCGGAUGAUGCAGCUCGACUUUGACCAGGCUUCUGUGCAGCUACCGAAGCGGCAGGCACUGCUGCGCUCGCCACUCUUGGCGAAGCGAGAGCUGAACGCUGCGCACGACGACGGAGGCGAGCGUGGCGAACUUCCGGCCGUGAAGCGUGUGCGAUAUGGACGUAUUAUGGGCUAG